GUAACCCACUUCACGACUGCCGCACCGCUGUGAGCAUCCAAGUUGCAUUUUCUCCUCUCACCCUAACUUGAUUGUGCCGGAGAAAUGAUUUCAGCAGACGUCACUCAUCUGCAUAGGGAGUAAAAUGCAACCAUCCUGCAAGGCUUUUUGCACCCUGGAAUGCUCUUGCUCCUCGCCGUGUGAUAAAAGGACACCCUGACUGCUGCAUAACCGAAACUACAAACAUGGAAGGAGUAGGAUGUUACUAGCAUCCGCUGUAGUGGUAUGGGAAUGGCUGAACGAGCACGGACGCUGGCGGCCCUACAGCCCGGCUGUCUGUCAUCACAUCGAGGCAGUCAUCCGGAGCGACCCGCGCUGUGCUAGUGUCGUCCUCGGCCAGGUGGACUCGCGCCUCUCGCCCUACAUCAUCGAUUUGCAGUCCAUGCACCAGUUCCGACAAGACACAGGUACCCUUCGACCGGUACGACGCAGCUUCUACGACCCCACCUCAGCGCCAGGCCAGGGCUGGUUGUGGGAGUGGGAGAACGACACCGGCAGUUGGACAGCGUACGACACAGACGUUGGUAUCGCCAUCCAGGCGGCACGAGAUCGCCAGCAGCCCUGGCUGGACUUGGCGCCGCUGGGAUUCUGCUACCUCAUUGACUUCGAAAGCAUGACCCAAAUCAAUGGGCAGACGCAGCGCUGCAGACGCAUCCAGCGCCGCUCAGACCUGGCCUACCCGCUUGUGUCAGGGCCUCUUCCUAGAUCUCACCACGCAUGGGGGCCUAUGUCUAUGCCCAGCCAUGGAGGACUGCUGGGGGUGGAUGUUUCUGGGGUUGGCAUGGGGAUCAGGAUGGGCAGCAGCGGGCCUGGAAAUGGGAGUGCAUACCCGAGUGGGGCACUCCCUGCUUCAGCCAUCACUUCAUUAGGACAACCGUGCGCUUGUCAGCAGUGUAUGCUGGUGCUAAGUGUCAAAGCAGGUGCAAUGGCAACUGCUCACACUCUUGGUCGAAGGCCGCCACAGACCAAACCACCUAGCCCCAAAAUCAGCAGUCACCCAAUUCCGGGAGGGUCAUACUCUCUGACACUCCCCCGGCCUCCCUCGCUGUCACGUUCCCUCUCCCCCCACAGGACGUCCAUAGUUGGGGCGACAGGUGGCUUUAGCUUUGGCGGUAUGGGUGGUGCAGGAGGUGUAGGUGUUAUCGGUGGUAGUAGCAUUGGCAACUCCAGCUACGGUUUCGGAGGCGGCUUCCCCCAGUCUCUCUCCCUCCUCAACUCCGCUACAGCAGCCCUCUCCAUCUCCUCCACCCGCCCCCCUCCUCCACCUCUCCCGCCGCCUCCACCUCCUCCUCCACCACCCUCAACAUCACACUCAUCCUCAACCGUCUCCCCUCCUCAUCCUUCUUCUGUGUCGUCCCUGUCUGCAUCCUGCUCCGCCCCUACUGCGCCUGCUCCAGGCCCUCCUCCUCUCAUCUCCACGGCUGUUUCCACCUGCACACCCUCGCCUUCUGCCCGUGUGCUGGGUCCAGUGUCUUCAUCAGGUGCAGCCGCCUGCGCCGCCCCAUUGCCGCCACGAUCCAGCUUGGCAGGGCUAAGCAGACCUGCGCUGCAACGGAUCGCCAUGGCUCAGUCUCGUGCCCUUAUUGCCUCCGGAGUGCCAACAGUUCCAGUGAAGAACCUGAAUGGAUCAAGCCCUGUGCACCCUGCGCUGGCGGGUAUUACAGGCAUCCUGAUGAGUGCAGCGGGACUUCCUGUUUGCCUCACCCGUCCCCCCAAGCUGGUGCUUCAUCCUCCACCUGUUAGCAAGAGCGACAUCAAACCGGUCCCCGGUCUGGGCCACUGCUGUCGCAAGACCACAAAGAAACAGGCUCGCAAAGGAAAGACCCCAGAAGAGGUGGUUAAGAGGUACCUUCAGAAAGUCCGCAAUCCCCCAGAGGAGGACUGCACCAUCUGCAUGGAAGCCCUGGCUGGACCAUCUGGUUAUAAAGGUCCAGGCGUGGGUGGCAUCUCGCGGGCCGAGUCUGUGGGUCGCCUGGCUCAGUGUGGUCACCAGUACCACCUUCAGUGCCUCGUCGCCAUGUACAACAACGGCAACAAGGAUGGCAGCCUGCAGUGUCCCACCUGCAAAACCAUCUACGGAGUCAAAACCGGCAACCAGCCUCCAGGCAAGAUGGAGUACCAUGUUAUUCCCCAUUCCCUGCCUGGCCACCCAGACUGUAAAACCAUCCGGAUUAUUUAUAACAUCCCUCCUGGCAUCCAGGGUCCAGAGCACCCAAAUCCAGGCAAACCUUUCACUGCCCGUGGUUUCCCAAGACACUGCUACCUCCCUGACAGCGAAAAGGGACGCAAGGUUUUGAGGCUUCUUCUGGUAGCAUGGGACCGCCGCCUCAUUUUCUCUGUGGGCACAUCAAGCACCACUGGGGAGUCUGACACAGUCAUCUGGAAUGAGGUGCACCACAAGACGGAGUUUGGCUCCAACCUGACGGGCCAUGGCUACCCUGACCCUGGCCACUUGGACAACGUGCUGGAGGAGCUUAAGGCUCAGGGCAUCACCGAAGAGGAGUGUCUACCCAGAGACUGAAGACAAAGCUUAAAAACACCUGGGAAAACUCAAUAUUGUCAACAGAAGAGAGUACUUUACCGCCUGAGAAAGAUAAAACCUUCAAACUGUAUACAGGAAAGAUGCAGAAAUUGUUUCAGCAGAAUUUGCUGAGAAAAAAUUCUCUCUUGCAACUGCCUGGGUCAGUAUGAGAAAUAUUUUUCUCUCCUGAUGCAGUAACAGUGUCAAAUUCACAGAUGUUAAUUCAGUGAGACAUUUGAGACCACUGUGCACAUACAAGUCAGCAUUAGAUUAAAAAAAUAUACUGUGAGACUUCAUGUCAAGAAUGUAACAAAGUGGAAUUUGCUGAAUUGACUAAAUGUUUGCUGCUAAGUGGAAUUUAAAGAGGAUAAAGAAGUCUGUCAGCCCACAAACAUAAGAAACUCUUCAAUGCAGAUGAAUAUUUCAAGUGUUUAACUGGAUAUCUGAGCAUGAAUAUUUGCUGACCUCUAGUGGUACUUUUCCAGAACUACAUUCCUUUUUAGCUUUGAUUUUUAUUCAAUUGUAUUGAUGUAUAUUACGAACACUUGAUAUAUUAUAUAUAGUUUCCAUUUGAUCAUGUUUUUAUAUUUUCAUUUUGCAUUUUGUUUUAUAUGCUGUGUUUCUUUGCAUUGUUUUGUGUGUGUGGUGUAACAGACUGGAAUUUUGGGUGAGGUGAAGAUGAGCUGCAGGUGCACCCAUUAUUGUCUUACACUUUACAGGCCAUUUCCCAACUCCUUUAUUUAAACAAAACAGAACAAAUCUAAAAUUAAAAAAAAAAAUCAUUUUCAGUAUUUUGUAUUUGAUAGGUUCAAAAACUGACAUUCCUUAUUGAUGGGCUCUCUGAGAACUGCUAAAAUCUUUCAUUGUACUUCUGUUUCAGCUUAAUGCUAAGGAAAAGCUAUGAUGGAUUACACCAUUCUCCCAUACUCCCCCAAAAAGCUAGGAUUGGACCUCCUGGCUGAGCUCAGAUUUGCACAGAGCUUUUCGCUUAGUACCAAAAUAACCCAGGAUAGCUUGUAUCUACUGUACUUUUUAUGUAGAAGACACACACCAGCCUCAAAAGCUCUAAUCACAUUACAGAUGUGGUCAUUUGUUGGUUUCAGUCAUGUUUAGUUUCUGCCAUGAGCAGGUGCAAAAGACUAUCUCUUGUUGUGGAUCUAGCUUUGGCCAAAGUGGUCCAGUCGGUUUGCAUUUGGUCCGUUGUGGACUGGUUUAUUAUGAGGUACAAUAGAUGAGUUGUUGACAUACUA